AUUUGAAAACAAAAGGGUAGUUUUGGAACUUCAAUUAUUGCUUCUUUUAUUUAAAGUUCAAGACAACAGGGAGGGGUAGAAAGAAACAAAGAGCUAGAAAGAGAAAGAGAAAGAGAGAGAGAGAGAAACAGAAUUUUGAAGAAAGAUGGGUGAUGUUGUAUUGUUUGUGGAGGAUUUGAAAUCAGCUUCUUCAAUCAGCUUUUGCAGAAUCUGUCACGAAGAAGAGUUUGGGAGCUGCAAUAGCUUGGAAGCUCCCUGCGCUUGUUCUGGAACUGUCAAGUUUGCACACAGAGAUUGUAUACAGAGGUGGUGUAAUGAAAAGGGCAACACUAUUUGUGAAAUUUGCUUACAGAAAUUUGAACAAGGGUAUACAGCUCCUCCUAAAAAGCCCCAAUUGGUUGUUGAUACAGCAGUAACCAUAAGAGGAAGCUUGGAAGUUCCAAGGAGAGAGAGAAGGACACAAAAUGGAGGAGUGGCGGCCAUGGCAGAAGGACGACAGAGGGUAGAAGAAACCGAAAACUCCGAAUGCUCGUCGCCGGCUGAUACAAAUACGGCCUCUUGGUGCAGAACAGUGGCUCUCAUUUUUACAGCUGUUCUGUUAGUGAGACAUCUGCUUGCUGUACUUAGUGGGGAAACAGAGGAUUAUCCAUUUACACUUUUUACUAUGCUUAUUUUAAGGAUGAGUGGAAUUCUUCUUCCAAUGUACAUAUUGGUUCGGACUAUCACUGCCAUUCAAAACAGUAUCAGCCGUCACUAUCAGGAGUGUGAUGAUGAAGAGUCCAACUCUGAUGAAGAAGAGGACGAGCAGCAGCAGCAUCACACAGUUGAAAUGCACUCACAACAUAUUUUUUCCUCACAAUAGAGCUUCUAAAUUGUAUUAUUAUUAUUAUUACUAUUAUUAUCAAUAAUUAUUAUUAUUAAUUUAUUAAUUAAUUAGAGCAUUACAUCAAUGCUCAUCUGUUUCAAGGUUCCCCCUUUUUUGUUGGGGACCCACUGUAUACAAGUCUACUGAGUAAAAUAUUUAAACUUUUAUAGCUUCA